UAAAAUCUCUAAAUCUGUGAUUUUCAUUUUUCAUUAUUUUCAGAUCAUCAUCAUCAUAAUAAAAUAAUACAAAAAACUUUCGUAAACAUAUCGAUUCGAUUCACCUGUUUCUUUCUUCUCUCACGAGCAAGACAUUUUUUCAGGUUAAAGUUGUUAUCAAAAUGUCUACUCCAACGAAAGAUCCACUUUUGCAAGUGGAAACCACUUGUGGAUCCCUUUUAUAUGAACUUCAGAUUAUAUGGGAUGAAGUAGGCGAGAAUGAUGUGGAAAGGGAUAGGAUGUUGUUAGAGCUCGAACGGGAGUGUCUUGAGGUGUACAGGAGGAAAGUGGAUUUAGCAAAUAAAUGUAGAGCUCAACUAAGACAAGCAAUCGCCGAUUCUGAAGCUGAGUUAGCUGCUAUUUGUUCUGCUCUGGGAGAACGGCCCGUCCAUAUUAGACAGUCUGAUCAAAAAGCUGGAAGUCUAAAGGUGGAAUUAAGAGCCAUUUUGCCAGAACUUGAAGAAAUGAAGAAGAGGAAAGCGGAAAGAAGAAAUAAAUUUCUUCAAUUGUUGGAACAAAUACAAAAGAUACAUAAAGAGAUGUAUGCAACGUCUUCAAAUAUGGUCUUAGAUGAAACCGAUCUGUCCAUUAGAAAGCUUGAUGAACUUAAUACAAAACUGCAAACACUUCAGAAGGAAAAGAGUGACCGUUUGAAGCAAGUACUAGACUACUUGAGUUCGUUGAAUUCACUAUGCUUGGUGCUUGGGAUGGAUUUCAAGCAGACAAUAGAUGAAAUUCAUCCAAGUUUAUCUGAGACAGAAGGAGAAAAAAGUAUUAGUAAUGAUACGAUCGCAAGGCUUGCAACUGCUAUACAAAGACUUCGGGAGGUUAAGAUACAGAGAAUGCAGAGAAUUCAAGAUCUUGCAACAUCUCUGAUAGAGCUGUGGAAUCUAAUGGAUACGCCAGUUGAAGAGCAACAGAUGUUUCAAAGUGUUGCGUGUAAUAUAGCAGCUUCGGAGGAGGAGAUAACAGAGCCUGGCCUUCUUUCUGUAGAUUACAUUAAUUAUGUUGAGACGGAGGUGUCUAGGCUGGAAAACUUGAAGGCUAGCAAAAUGAAAGAACUUGUAUUCAAGAAAAGAUCAGAACUAGAAGAGAUUUGCAAGAAGACACAUUUGCUGCCGGAAGCUGACACAUCACUGGAAAUUGCAAUCGAAGCUAUUGAAUCAGGAGUUGUUGAUGCUGCUUGCCUUCUUGAGCAAAUAGAGAUGUUAAUAGGGAAAGUAAAAGAGGAGGCCUAUAGUAGAAAAGAAAUACUUGAAAAGGUUGAGAAAUGGAUGAUGGCAUGUGAAGAAGAAUGCUGGCUGGAGGAGUAUAAUAGGGAUGAUAAUCGAUAUAAUGCUGGACGAGGUGCCCAUCUUACACUAAAGCGUGCAGAAAAAGCACGUGCUUUGGUUAGCAAACUUCCAGGAAUGGUGGAAGCUUUGGUGGUGAAAACUGUAGCCUGGGAGAACGAAAGAGGCGUUGAAUUUACCUAUGAUGGGGUUCGGCUUCUUUCAAUGCUUGAGGACUACAAGAUAUUAAGGCAAGAAAAAGAAGAAGAACGAAAGAGGCAAAGGGACCAGAAGAAACUUCAGGGACAGUUGAUAGCUGAACAGGAAGCACUAUUUGGUUCAAAACCGAGCCCAAUGAAGCAACAAAGUGCCAAAAAAGGUGGUAGAUUGUCAAUGGGUGGUUCAGGUACAUCAAGCAACAGGAGACUGUCAUUGGGUGGAGCAGCUCAUGCGACUCCUAAACCAGAUCCUCAUUUCAUUAGAGCUGCUACUCCUAAUACCCGUCCUGUCAAAAAGAUUGAUCGUCAGUUAAGUAGCAAAGAUGAGGGAUACGGUUUUGUGACCCCUGGAAGGAAAGGUUUGGAAAUGGCUGGUAAUAAGAAACGCAGUGAACUAGAGCCAGCACAGACAACAUUUCGCAAGCCAUUCUCGCCUAUUUCUAAAGAAUCAUCAAAAGCUAACAUGACAGAACCUAACAGAAAACACGAUAUGUCACAAAAAACCAUUCAAAACAAUACCACACCAUUCACAACUCCUUCUAAAACGACAAUGUUUGCCUUCGAAGAAGAAAACCGAACUCCCCAUAAAAACAUAACUCAAAUACUACCGUCUACACCAUUCACACCUUCUGCUCCGAUGCAAACAGUGAUGACACCCAUGAUUAAGGAGAUGACCACACCAUUCACACCUUCUGCUCCAAUGCAGACAGUGAUGACACCUGCGAUUAAGGAGAUUAUUCCUGAUGAAGUUAUCGAGUACUCUUUUGAAGAACGACGAGCUGGUUUUGUGCUACCCAGGGCACAAAACACCAGGACAGAAGUUUAAUCCUUUCUACAAGACACGAUCUUUGUACUCUUGCUUUUCAUCUUGUUUAGUGUAAGUGAUGCUUUUUAUUAAAGGUCAAUUGCAAUUGGCUGGCAGGAUGGGAUAUCUUAAUGAAUCAGCUUUAAGCUUUGUUAGCUCUUAUCUCUUAAUCUAAAUUCAUCUGUUAUAUAAUCUGUUCAUCAA